AAAACAAGCAGAGGAUACAGACAAGCAAAGUACCGACGAGCCCCUUAUUGUCCUAUUUCCAGAUCCUUGAGAUGGCAAGGUCAUCAAACCGAAAGCAAGAAAUCUUCAAAAUCGACUGGCAUUUACCAGCUAUCUCAUCCUCCGCCUCAGCACAUAAUAUUAGCAGAGAUCUUUUUGCUCUCACUUAUGGUACUUUAGUGGCACAAUUGUGCAAAGAUUAUGACAGUGAUGAGGAAGUUAACAAAUACUUGGAUGCAAUGGGAUAUAAUAUUGGAGUUCGACUAGUAGAAGACUUUUUGGCUAACUCUGGCAUAAAGAAGUGUCGCAGUUAUAGUGAAACAGUGGACAUAAUUGCAAAGGUGGCCUUCAAAAUGUAUCUUGGGAUCACUCCUUCUACAAUUGGGGGUAAUGACAAUGGAAAUGGAUUUUCUCUCAUACUGGAUAAAAAUCCGUUGGUUGACUUUGUUGAAGAACUUCCAACAGGCAGAUCAUCCUUGAGCUACUGUAACCUUCUUUCUGGAGUCCUAAGAGGAGCACUGGAAAUGAUUAAUUUACCGGCUGAUGUCACUUUUGUUCAAGACAGACUUAAGGGGGAUGAUGUCACAGAAAUAGGAAUAACAUUCCUGAGAAAGACUGAUGAAAAGAGAUCAAAGAAACAUAAAUGA